CAUUGAAGAAGAUCAAACAUUUUUCUCGUUUAAGUUGUCAUUAUUCCAAACUUAAUUCAAAACGGAUAAUCUACUAGUGACCUAAUGGAAAUAAAUGUGUACAUACUAUUUUCAGUUUUGAUACAUGGCACUAUGUUUUUUACUUCUAAUGCUGUCGAAUCAGAUAAACUACCUAAUAUUGAAACAACAAGGUCAACACAAAUGUCAACUUAUUGUACAUCACAGAUGACAACUAAGUCUACAUCUCAGGUGUCAACUAAUAGCACAUCACAGAUGACAACAAAGUCUACAUCUCAGGUGCCAACUAAUCGCACAUCACAGAUGACAACUAAGUCUACAUCUCAGGUGCAAACUAAUCGCACAUCACAGAUGACAACUAAGUCUACAUCUCAGGUGUCAACUAAUAGCACAUCACAGAUGACAACAAAGUCUACAUCUCAGGUGCCAACUAAUCGCACAUCACAGAUGACAACUAAGUCUACAUCUCAGGUGCAAACUAAUCGCACAUCACAGAUGACAACUAAGUCUACAUCUCAGGUGCCAACUAAUCGCACAUCACAGAUGACAACAACGUCUACAUCUCAGGUGACAACUAAUUGCACAUCACAGAUGACAACAAGGUCUACAUCUCAGGUGCUAACUAAUCGUACAUCACAAAUAACUAAGUCUACAUCUCAGGUGCCAACUAAUUGCACAUCACAGAUGACAACUAAGUCUACAUCUCAGGUGCCAACUAAUCGCCCAUCACAGAUGACAACAAGGUCUACAUCUCAGGUGCCAACUAAUCGUACAUCACAGAUGACAACUAAGUCUACAUCUCAGGUGCCAGUGCCAAGUAAUCACACAUCACAGAUGAUAACAAAGCCUACAUCUCAGGCGCCAACUAAUCGCACAUCUCAGAUGACAACAAAGUCAUCAUCUCAGGUGCCAACUGAUUGCACAUCUCAGAUGACGACUAAUCGCUCAUUACAAAAGACAACUGAUGUCCCAUUUUGUAUGUGUCCAUGUUCAAGAAUAGAAAGAUGGAGUCGCUUUGCAAAUGUAACAAUAGAGGAAUUAGCGAUCCUUUUACAUGAUGAAAUAGAAGAAAUGAAAAAUGAAUUAGCAGUAAAAAAGAAAUCCUCGUCGAAAUACAUCCGAACAAUUACUUCAGCUCCAGAUGACAGACAAUCGUCAAAAUCUAUGGGAUUUGUCUCGAUUGUUUGUAUAUUAGUUCCCUUUGCUUUUAUAGUAAUGACUGAUAUCUUAAACGUAUAUCUACAUUUUUGCAAAAUUCCUGAAAAUAACAUUCGUUUUGUUCGAUGUAAGGGUAGUUCUCCUGUGUAAUGAUGACUUUGAAAAAAUCGAAUACAAUUCACACAUCUGUUCGUUUUCUUAAGCGUAAAUAGAUCAUCUUAGAUGUGCUGCUACAUGUAAUAUACUUUUUUUCAAACGUUACAUAAAAAAUGAUGGACACAAAUGUGGUUGCGCAAAUAUAAGCAGAACA